AUGAUUUCCUCGACGAUCUACGCUCUAUCUUUCCUCUUCGUCGCUGCGACCGCGCUACCGCUGGCACCGCGCGACGUCGUCGCCCCGCCCAUCACGUAUCCUGUUGCUGGUACAGUGUGGACGGUUGGCGCGACGGAGACUGUUACAUGGGAUACCUCCAACCUACCUCCAGUCGCGAAUAUUACGAACAUUAACGGAGAGGUCGUCUUGGGCUAUCUCACAGCCGACAGCGAGAACCUUGAUUUCCAAUCACCUCUAGCUCAAAAUUUCAACAUCACUUCGGGUUCCGUCCAGAUCGUCGUACCAGACGUCCCAUACCGGACAAACUACAUCCUCGACCUUAUGGGUGACUCGGGGAACAUCAGCCCGACCUUCACGAUCGUCGGCGGCUCUUCAUCCUCCAGUUCCGCUCCCGCAAGCUCCACCGCGCCAUCCUCGUCCUCACCCGUAUCCUCGUCCCCGGCGGCAUCACCCUCCGCGCCCUCGUCAACCGCCGUGUCCUCACCUGCCGAGUCGACCCCCGCGACGGCCGCAGACGCAGCCCCGACAUCUGCCGUUUCCUCACCUGCCCCGAGCAGCGUUGCGUCUUCAGCGCCAUCCAGCGGCUCCAGCGGAAUCGCUUCUCCGCCGCCCUCUAGUGGUAUUUCCGCGCUAUUGUCAGGUUCGUCUACGAGCUCUGCGCGGACGUCCGCAAGCACCUCUGCAGCGACCAGUGCGACGAGCGCGGCCCCGAGCGCGACGCACACGAGCACGAGCGGCGCGUGGUCCUGGCAGCGCGCGAGCGGUGUGACGUCGCUCGCCGUCGCGGCGCUCACCGCGUUCGUCGUGCUCUGA